UGUCUGGGAUGAGACAGGUUUUUCGGAAACAGCCUGAGAACGGGACUUCAGUCGAGGGUGAGGGGACGUUGAUCGAGUGUGAGGUGGAAGCUGUCUCAGGACAGGUGCAGUGGGUGAGGGACGGAUUGUUACUGGGACCAGGCCGCUCUCUUCCGGGAUUUCCCCGUUACUCUGUGAUCGGAAACUCGUUGGCAGGGGUAUUUAACCUACAGAUAGACAACGUGCAGCUGGAAGAUGAUGCCUCGUUUCAGUGUCAAGUGGGGCAGUCCGAGCUGUCUCUGGGGAUUAUCUCUCGGACUGCCUGGCUGGAGGUCCUGAUUCCACCAAAGAUACCCAUCAUCCAGGAAGUGGCUACAGGUACAGCUCCAACCUGGGUUGCAGGAGAGGGGUAUUCACUGACCUGUCACGUUGAGGAUUCAAAACCAGCGGCCAGCAUAGUCUUCACAAAGAGUGGUUUGGAACUUACCCGAUCAGAGACCACAGUGAAUCCUGGAUCAAAACCAAAACUAUUCAGCACCAUGUCAGUCAUCAGGGUGACCCCAGAGAGCACGGACAAUGGGAAGGAUAUUCUUUGCGCAGCCUGGAACCCUGCCCUCUCUCAGCCGCGUACCACUUCCUUCAGGAUGAACGUUUUGUACCCACCAGAGAUGCCCAAGAUCGAAGGUUUGAGUCAGCGUCAGGUCAAAGCUGGAGUCACCCUUCAAUUGGUUUGUACCUCAACUGGAGGAAACCCAUUGGCUAUGCUGCAGUGGCUCAAGGGUGAUGAGGUGCUGUCCAAGAGUUGGGAGACUGAUGAUGCAACGAGGUCAUCUCGCAGUUUGCUCUCAUAUUCGACUAAACCUCAGGAUGAUGGUGUCAAACUGACUUGUGAGGCACUGAAUCAGGUGACAGCGAAACCACUGAGGGCUGUCAUCAUCCUGCAUGUUGUCUACGCUCCAACCCGGGUGGUGAUUUCUGGACAGUCCCGAGCAGCUGAGGGUAAAGACAUUUCCUUGUCCUGCAGCACGAGUUCCAGCAGCCCCCCCGCAGUCAUCCGAUGGUGGGCAUCUGGGAAGGAGCUGAAUGUCACUGAGGUGACCUACAGUCGGACCAGUCUUGGCGUCAGCACCAUUUCCAAUGUCACGCUUACCACCAGUCGGCAGGAUAACGGGAUCAUCAUCGUGUGUGAGGCUGUCAACGAGGCUGUCUUCAUGACCAGGAGUGCCAGCAUUGUCCUUAAAGUUCACUGUGAGUAUGAGAGGCCCGAGGCCAGGGUCAAAGCUCACCGCAAGCAGGCCCGAGGCCAGAGUCAAAGUUCACUGUGCGGAGGCCCGAGGCCAGAGUCAAAGUUCACUGUGCGGAGGCCCGAGGCCAGAGUCAAAGUUCACUGUGCGGAGGCCCGAGGCCAGAGUCAAAGUUCACUGUGCGGAGGCCCGAGGCCAGAGUCAAAGUUCACUGUGCGGAGGCCCGAGGCCAGAGUCAAAGUUCACUGUGCGGAGGCCCGAGGCCAGAGUCAAAGUUCACUGUGCGGAGGCCCGAGGCCAGAGUCAAAGUUCACUGUGCGGAGGCCCGAGGCCAGUGUCAAAGUUCACUGUGCGGAGGCCCGAGGCCAGUGUCAAAGUUCACUGUACGGAGGCCCGAGGCCAGAGUCAAAGUUCACUGUGCGGAGGCCCGAGGCCAGAGUCAAAAUUCACUGUGCGGAGGCCCGAGGCCAGGGUCAAAGUUCACUGUGCGGAGGCCCGAGGCCAGGGUCAAAGUUCACUGCGGAGGCCCGAGGCCAGGGUCAAAGCUCACUGUGCGGAGGCCUGAGGCCAGGGUCAAAGCUCACCGUGAGCAGGCCCCAGGCCAGGGUCAAAGCUCACCGCGAGCAGGCCCGAGGCCAGAACCCGCCGGAGAGGAUCUGGAUCCUGGGCCCCCCUCAGAGUGCGCGUUUCCACACUGGGGCCCAGGUCACUCUGUCCUGCUUUGUCAGCGGAGGGAACCCACCAGCUCGACUCACCUGGACAAAGGGCAGGAACUCAACGCUUCACUAUUUUGGGAGUAUCAUACAGUCAUCAACAGGCAGCGCUGCCAAAGGUUCGAAACCUGUGUCAAGAGGAGUGUAUAAGAGCACCGGUAAACUAGCCUCCUCCGAGUUAACCAUCACCACUGUCCCCAGUGAUAACCAGGUUAACUACAAGUGCAGUGCAAGUAAUGAGGCCACAAUCAACCCAUUAACAGCUGUCAUCAGAGUGUGGGUGCAGUUUGCUCCAAUCGAUAUGAAGAUGACGAGUUCUGCUGAGACUGUUCACCAAGGUGAAAUAAUUACUUUAACCUGUCACAUCGGGAGCUCAAACCCAGUCCCACAGGUUGCCUGGAUCAAAGAUGGAGUCAGGCUCCCCGCUGCGGAUGUGAGAGUCCAGGAUUCGGAUUAUGGUGGUCAGGCAGUAACAGCUGAGAUGUCCCUGGUCGCCAAGUCCACCGAUCAUGGGAAACGUGUGCUGUGUGAGGCUUACAGCCCUGUCCUGGAGGAGGCGCUCAACACCUUUCACCAACUCGACAUACUGC